GUGCCCUUUAUCAUCAAUCCAUUACACCCGCAGCAUGUUGUCUCUGCCAGCUUGACUACACAUUACCUCAUCUCCACCUCGCUUUCUCUCUCUCUCUCUGUGUGGAAGGACUAGAGCAGCAAACGCCAUGUCGUCGGACGAUGAGGGAGGAGAGGAGUACCUUUUCAAGAUCGUGAUUAUUGGGGACUCAGCUGUCGGAAAAUCCAAUCUCUUAUCUCGGUAUGCGCGGAACGAGUUCAAUUUACACUCCAAAGCCACCAUAGGUGUGGAAUUCCAGACCCAGAGCAUGGAAAUCGACGGUAAGGAAGUUAAGGCUCAGAUUUGGGACACCGCCGGUCAAGAGAGGUUCCGUGCUGUUACUUCUGCUUACUAUAGAGGUGCUGUUGGUGCUCUCGUUGUUUAUGAUAUUAGCCGCCGCACUACUUUUGAUAGUGUCGGUCGUUGGCUUGAUGAGCUAAAGACUCAUUCUGAUACAACUGUAGCAAGGAUGCUGGUUGGGAACAAAUGUGAUUUGGAGAAUAUCAGGGAUGUCAGUGUUGAGGAAGGCAAAAGCCUGGCAGAAGCAGAAGGAUUAUUUUUCAUGGAGACAUCUGCCCUCGAUUCAACAAACGUUAAAAAGGCUUUUGAGAUUGUUAUCCGAGAAAUAUAUAACAACGUGAGCCGGAAGGUCCUGAACUCAGACACAUACAAAGCUGAAUUAUCACUGAACAGGGUAACUCUUGUUAAUAAUGGAACUGAUGGAUCAAAGAAAUCUCAAAACUAUUUUUCCUCCUGCUGCUCCAGGUGACCUCUGUACUUCUCAUCUCAAAAUGGCAUACAAGUUCAGGGCUUUUUCAUGGUUGGUUUGUUGAUUCAAUUUGGUUGGUUGGUUGCUUUAUCAAGGUUCUUUAAUUGCACAAUAAGUUGAUACUAUAGAGUUAAAAUUACUUAGUUCAAUACGAAAAAGGGCAGUCAGGUUUUUGAACUUUAGUUACAAGAAUUGUGUAAUCUUACAAUAAAUUGAAUGGUUAUUUUUUACCCUGUGAGAUUUUAGCAUGUUUUACUGAAAGGGACAGAUGUAACUAUUAUAUUUGCCAGUUCUUUUCCAGAAAGGAGGAACAGAGUAGAGAUGUAUUUGUUUAAGUUAUUGCAAUUUAUUUUGUUGUGGACCGUUGA